UUGAUUGUGUUGAUUUGAAAAUGAGGAAAUUUCUGUCCUUUAAAUUUAUUCUUCUCAUAUCUCUGCUAGUUCAAUCUGAGAAGUUGCAAGUAAGUGUCUAUUAUGAAGCUCUUUGUGUCGAUUCUGUAUAUUUCUUCACAAGACAAUUAAUACCAACCUACAAUGAGUAUGGUGACAAGAUGGAUCUUAAAUUAAUCCCAUAUGGUAAAGCGAGUCAUUACUGGAACAAAGACGAGAACAAGUACGAGUUCUUGUGCCAACACGGUCCAAAUGAAUGUCUCUUAAAUAAAAUUCAUGCCUGUGCUUUAGACGUUUUGCCCUUCCAAUCAUCCUUAACAUUUAUCAAUUGUCUAAUGGGAAAAUUCCAUGAGGAUAUGGAUGAAACAAUCCGUCAUUGCUCGCCGUCGGAUGUCACGGAACUUGAAAAAUGUAUGAAAACUCGCAAAGAUGAGCUUUUAGCUGGACAUGGAAAUGCCACUAUGAAGAUUGGAUUAACUUUUGUUCCCACAAUUGUUCCUCAGAAUGACACUUGUUACAAAAGACGUGACAGCCUAUACAGCAACUUCCGACAAGCUUUCCGGGACGAAUAUGCAGCUAAAUUUCAGAAGUAUCCUGAUGAUGAAGAACUCAAUGAGAUUCAGAAAACCAAGGUCAGUAAUUUGUGUGAGCCAGUCAUACCACAUUAGAUCUUUCAUUCGUUUGGACAAGUCUAAAUUAAUUUUAUCAAUACAAAUGUGCUGAAUUGUUUUCUAUCUUAAGUAUAAAGAAUUUUAUAUUGAA